AUGACAACUUCCCCCCCCCCCUCAACGGGGCUAACCUUCACGCAGUUGACUUCCCUCAUUAUCGGAUCGUGUGUCAUAUGCAUUGACCCGGUUCUUUCACAGGCUAUCGCCAAGGGCCCUUUUGCAGAUCAAUAUGUCCGACGGCAUCUUCGAGAGUUUAUCUCAGCCGAGGCAGGUGGGAAUGAUGGCCUCGGGUUUCCAUUCUUGCUUCUCUCUAUUGCCAUUCUUCGUUAUGCCGAUGCUCCGAGUAGGGAGAUCGUAAAACCCAGUUUUGGAAAACCGACUCGAGAUUGGAUCGGUGAGCCUAGUACAGGUCGAUUUGGUGGAGACGUUGGUCGAGCUCUGGCACACUGGGCUGUCGAGGGAGUGCUAUAUAUGCUGGUCAUGGGUGCUGGGUAUGGUGUAUUAAUUGGGUUCCUGAGCCGGAAAGCCUUGAACGGGGCCUCAACAAGGCUUUGGAUUGACAAGGAGAGCUUCUUCUCAUAUCCUGUUGCGAUGGGUUUGUUUAUCGUCGGUACCUGCGGCUGCUUUGGCUCCGACGAGACUCUCGCCUGCUUUGUUGCCGGCUGUGCAUUGAACUGGGAUGGGUCUUACCACUUCGAAGUCGAAAAGAGACAUGACUCCUUCAAUUCCACGAUCGAAAAUCUCUUGAACAGUGGAACCUUCAUCUUCCUCGGUGCAAUCAUGCCAUGGGACCAACUUCACCUGCCUACUCGGAAUGGCAUCACGAUUGCUCGGCUGGUGGGGCUCGGAUUUCUGAUUUUGAUCUUCCGUCGCAUCCCGGCGAUCCUCAUGGGAUAUCGAUUCAUGCCCAAGGUCUGCGAAAAUUGGAAAGAGGCCUUGUUCAUGGGAUACUUUGCCCCAAUUGCUUUAGGAGUUGGUGCUAUCUCAUAUGUCGAGUAUGCGCGACGAUUGCUACCGAAUCCUGGAGAGAGUGAUCCGGAGAUCAACAACUUGACUGCUGCCAUGAUACCUGUGGUUUAUUGGCUUGUCUUCUUCUCCAUCGUGAUCCACGGGCUGUCUAUACCGGUCCUGAACUGCUUCUACAAGUGGCUCCAAGUCCCUACUGUUCGAGAUCACCCGGUAGAGAUCAUUCUUCUGUCAGAAAAUGAGCCUGUGCCUAAUAACAGCGUGGUGAAUCGCCGUGACCACUCGGUCAUCCUCAAUAACCGGUUUUCCUGUGCUUCGAACCAGCGCCCCUAUUCUGAUCCCGAGGAUCAGGACUGUCGGGGAACAGACAUGAUGAUGCCACGCAGUGGGGAAACUAGCUCCAGAGGCUCACUGGACCGGGCAUCAACGAAAGGUUCGUCGCGCGAACUGGAGCAGACUGUAUCUACUAGCAAUGUAGUCUGA